AUGUAUACGGCAGCCGAUCUGCCUCCUCUUCGCCAUGUCUCUGUGAAUGAUCUCUCCCCUGAUGAUACGCCGACCCCGAAAAUCCGCACCGACGAGGACCUCGAGAUGUGGAAAGCGACUCGAGGAUAUCAAGAUUACGGACUUUUUCUCCGUCGCUUGACUCAAGCAGUUGUCGGCUGUCCGUUGCCCUGGACCGAGCCUGACUGCCCGCAGGAAGCGGAUGCACUUCUUGCCGUGUUGUUACCUGCCUCGUGUCGGCCUGCCGCCCCCUUUCUCAAGCCCUAUCUCCUGACGUCUUUUGGCUCGUUCACGCGUAUCGACUACGGCACAGGCCAUGAGACGUCUUUUGCAUUGCUGCUUUUGUGUCUCACCCUCAUUCGUUUCUUCACUCCGGAGCCUCGCACAGAGCGAGAACUGGUUCUAGUUGUCUUCCUUCGGUACCUCAGACUAUGUUGGCGUCUGCAAGAUGUGUACAAGCUCGAGCCAGCGGGCAGCCACGGGGUCUGGGGGCUGGACGAUUACAGCUUUCUCGGGUACAUCUUCGGCAGCGGCCAGCUUCGAGAUCAAACGGAAAUACCGGUCUCUGCCAUCUUGCAUCCACCACUUCCAUUGACGAACUUAUAUUUCAUGUCGAUCAUGCGGAUCCAUGAGGUGAAACAUGGACCAUUCCAUGAACACUCCUCGCAGCUGCACUCUAUUGCUGUUGGUGUGGCUUCUUGGGCCAAGGUCAAUUCAGGCCUAUUCAAGAUGUACGAGGCCGAAGUGUUAGGGAAACGCGUCGUUGUCCAACACGUUCCUCUGGGAGGCCUUCUGGAAUGGAAUGUACGCCCCGACGUCCAUCACGAGAACCUCCUCAGGAAGCCGACAGCCCCUUCCACAUCAUCUCACGUGCCACCGGGACCUCUUAGCGCCUCGCGGGGGAUGACGCCGACCAUUGCAGACGAGACGCUACACCCGAGUGACGCGCUCGUGUCAGCACGCUUGCCUCUCGGACCCACUGCUAGUACGAUCUUGCGUCCACGCAUCGGAGCUAUGGGGCCUCCGACAUCUUUUUCUGCUUCUGCGUCUACAUCUGAUGCCGAGGAAGUCCGGAAUGACGCGGGGGAGGGAGCGUAG